AUGUUGGGAGAGAUCAAAGCAACGGUUCUACUUUUCGGUGGUAUUGAGGUGGACAUCAGCCAAUUCGAUUUCAAUGACCACUCUUCUAGAACAAGCAGCAUCAAGACUACAAACACUUUACUCAUCAUUUUGGUAGUGUCUAUUGUUGGCCUGCGUCUCUUCGCAAGGGCUGCAUUCGUACGCAAGAUCUUUGCAGAUGAUGUUCUCAUCUUGCUUGCUACUACAUUCACUGUUGCACUUGCCUCCACGUGUCUUUCCGCUACCCGUUACGGGCUCGGAACACAUGUAUGGAAACUUCCCCUGACGACGAUCAUCCAAACCAUGAAGAAUUGUAUUCUACAUUUGUAUAUCUGCCAAGUGCUCUACGCGUUUGCUAUCGCUCUCACGAAAAUUGCUAUCAUCUCAUCGUACCUACGGUUUAUUCAAAAUCGAAGAUUUCGAAUGUCGAUGUAUGUCAUAUCGGGUGUUAUCGCUGGUCUAUGGGUCACAGGGGUAUUCGUCACUAUAUUCCAAUGUAGUCCGGUAGCAGGGGCAUGGGACUUCACCCUCUCCCCUCCCAGCAAGUGCGUCAACUACGUCAACUAUCUAUACGCUAGCUCCGCUGUAAACAUUUUGACCGAUAUUCUCCUUUGCAUACUACCUUGGCCUCAUCUCUGGAAGCUGAAGAUGCCGUUGAAGCAACGCAUCACUCUUUGUGUCCUGUUUGCGGGAGGUAUUAGUGCUUGCAUAGUAUGCAUUGUUCGAAUUGGCUACUUGCACCAUCUACGUAACAUGGACACUACCUAUCAGAGUGUACCUGCCCUUAACCUUACCGUUUGCGAAUGUAGCCUAGGCAUCAUAUGUAUCAGUAUACCUGCUCUCCGUCCCAUCGCACAACGUAUUUUCCCAAAAGGGUUGCGAACGACUUCAUCGUCCAAGGCCCCUUCACGAAGCGUUCCUCUCAGCCAUAUGACGCCGCGACCAGGCAGAUCCACGUUUGAUAUUGAACACAAGGAAGAUUUGUCAGUGUCGCAGGACAUUCAGGUCCGAUAG